AUGGACGCAUCGUCGGCUGCCUUGUCGUCGUGCACCAUCGCGCUCGUCGACUUGGAGCGGGGGCUCAUGGCCGGUCGCGGCGCCUCGGUGAUCGAGAGCGACCGGGUGAAGAUCUUGAGCCGCUCCAUUUCCUGCGCCUGGAGCUCUUCGCGCACGAGCUGGUCCUGCAUCAUCUUUUGCGUUGCCGCCAGCGUCGCCUUGUGCAGGGCAAUCUCGUCGCGGAGCCGGAGCACCUCGUCUUCGUCGGCUUCCUUCAUCUGGUGGGCGAGUGCGUGCGUCUGCUGCUGCUUGGCAAGCUCCUCCUUGAGGGCCUCGAUUUCGUCC